AUGAGUAAAAGAGUACAAUUUAACGAUGAGAUAGGAUUUCUGGAAAUAUGGGAUCAAAUUCGGAUGAGGAUUACAAGUGAUCAGUGCGAAAUGCAAGAAUUUGCAAGUAUGCUCGAUAAUUUGACGUAUUAUUUGGAGUUGGCUGUGGAAAAUUGCAAGCCGAAGAAUCGUGAAAUGUAUAGUGCACUGUGCUGUAUACUUCGUGAGGAACUUAUCAACAAGCAGGAACGCUUCACUGAAACAUCAAAAUAUAUUGAUGAAUCAACCGCUGUUGUUGAUUCGGGAUUUGAAACAUUCCAUGCAGAAUCACCUGCGGAAUACAGCUCGAAAUUGAUAACGCCAAGUUGUAUAAAUCCGGGUCAAAAGGUAACAUCAUAUCGAUUAAAAUCUAUCAAACCGAGAACACAAAAAAUAUUAUUUCGAAAUGUUACAUAUGAUGCUGCUGUUGUCAAGAAUAUUUUUGACGUUAAACUAGUAGAUAUAAAGCAGUGUACAAUUACUUGUCCAUAUAUGAUAACGGCAAUAAUGUGCUGUUUUGCUUGUUUGAUUGCCUUUAUACCGCAUCGUUUCUUCCCGUGGUUUUUCCCGUUAAUAUCAUUCAAUUCACCACCACCAUUAUAA